AUGUACUUACUUAAGCAUCGGAGAGCCUUCGACCGGUACCACACCGGUGCCCUAGGUCUUACCGAGCAUUUGUUAUCUUGCAGAUCGAACGCCCUACCGAGGCCCAGAGCAUACCGAAGGCCCAACAUCACUAAGUUGCGCGGGAAAAUGCCGAACCAUUUUUCUGCGUCAACAGUUUGGCGCCGUCUGUGGGAAUUCGAUAAGAAUCGACCUGCAAUUCCUAAAAAACACAUGGGAACCACUUCAGUACUAACGUUAUUAUCGGAGGAUGGACUACCGUACGGCAUGCCAAGCGGAGCAAUCCCCGUUCUGCACCUUAGCACUCCCUUCGGUAAUCCUCCGGUGAUUCAGACUACGGUUGAAGCGGAGCUUCUGGCUCAAAUGACUUCCAUUCGGAAGGAAAUGGCCAGGCUCCAAGAACAUAACAACCUCUUCUUGUCCAAAGUAGACGAAACCCAGUGGCUGCUUAAUCAGCCGAAAACGCAGAAUAUUCAAGCUACGGAACCUUCCUAG